ACGAGGGGAAAGGGGGUGAGAGACGUGAGGAGAGGCUAAGAUGGCGGACGACCUGGAUGAGCUGCUGGACGAGGUAGAGAACAAGUUCUGCCGCCUCUCGAGGCGAGACUGUUCGGAGCGAGGGCGGCCGAGCCAGGGGCGGAAAAGGAACCGCUUCCGCGAGGAGGAAGAAGAGGCCGAGGCCGAGGCCGCCGCGGCGGGGGAGAGGGCCAGAUUUUCCAAAGUAUUGACAAAAGGUGCUAGCGAAGAAGAAGAUCUAGAUGACAUAAUUAAAGAUAUAAUCGGCGAAAACAGCUAUGCCAAAAAUCUUGUGAAACAAAAAUCUAAGUCACCUAGCCCUGCAUCUGAAAAUAGAACUACCUCCGUUCAAGCUCAUGGUAAGAGAUGUUGCCCGGUAUACCUUGGUGGAAGCAGCGCGCCACGUGGUAUAGGAACAAAUAUUUCUCAGAGAACCUGUGAUCAGCUGCGGUGUACUGCAUGUGACUUCCGUGUUUUGCAAUACGAUGACUUUCAGUGGGAUCAGUCAUGCGAUUACCUCUUUUUCAGGAAUAACAUGCCUGAAUUCCGCAAGUUGAGGACGAAGAUGCUAACCAAGAAAGGAUCAAGGGCCUAUGCUUGUCAGUGCACUUGGAGAUCAAUAGAUGAAUUAACAGACCUCACUGUGGAUCGACAGCUCCGCUGGGUUUGCAGCAAACACGUCGAAUGAAGUUGUCUUUGUCAUUCACACGCUCAUUUCUGUAUGAAGACCAUCUGUUCAUUGCUCGGCAUCAUGAGUGAUGGAUUGAGUGUGUUCCGUGCACAGUUAGAUCUUGAUAAUCCAAAUACAAACUGUGGACUUUGCCUUGUCUGCAAUUCCCUUGUGAACUAACGGAAUGGGGGGGGGGGCGGGCAUAGUAAGCCAGAGACCUUCCUCGGCCUAGAGGACCAGGCUGGCAGAAAUGUUGAGUACUUCCAGCAUAGCAGGGAAUGGAGCUGAAAGGAAACAAGGUCUGGGUCCUAGAAGGCAUCCCACAAAUGUAGAAGCAAUAGAUACAUCUGAAAAGAAAGAGAAAUCUGCCUAAGCUAAUACUUGGGUUAGAACACUUUUUGAAUAUGUGUGUGGGAUAUUUUGGCUUUGGCUUUUUACCUGCAGGUGUGUACCGUGUAGUGAGUCAAUCUUCAAAUUAAUAUCAUUUCGGAGUUGUUUUAGCAGGAUGCUGAAGCUUGCCUUCAGAGCAAGAGCAAAUAGCUGGGACAGUCCAGCAAUGGGAAGGAAAAUAACAUGACAGCUCCAGCAUUUUAAUAAGCUCAUUUCUAGUUGUGAGACAGGUCCUUAGGCUGCAGUCUUCAUGCAUGUCAUCCCAGGAAUCAGCCUCACUGGACACAGUGGUACUUGCUUCUUGAGCUAGGGUGGAGCUCUUUCUGCUCCCUGAAGUCUGCAAUCCUGUGCACACUCACUUGGAACAAAGUCCCACUGAAUUCAGUAGGACUUACUUCUGAGUAGAAUGCAUUGGAUUGAGCCACUCAAAGCUGUUCAUGCGAUGGACCCUAAACAAUUUUUUUGCAAUGAUAUUCAAAAUCAAUGUUGUUGUUUUUUGCGGGGGACAAGGGUAAACGUCCUAUUAGGUGUAGGGUUAUUCCACCUUCACUGACACUCUGCAGGUCUUAAGUUAUCAGAAAACUGUUGUUAGAUGUCUAUUUCAGUUGUCUUUUGAGACUGUCAGUGCAUCCACAUUUUAAUGUUUUAAUCUUUGUAUCGGAAUACCAAAUAUAAUCAAAGUGGUUCAGAACUGUUGCAUCCCCAUUUCCAUCUUUAAAAAAGAAUUGAGCCAAUGGGUGAUACCCAGUGUUAGUCAGACCCAGAGUGGACCCACUGAAAUGAACUGGACUUGCAUAACUGAAUUCCCUUGAUUUCAGUGGGUCUGCUCAGAGAUGACUUAGCAGGGUAUCAUGACAGUUUUUGAGUUGUAUGAUUUAGCUGAUCCUGAAUUUUUUUCUCAACCAACACAUGCAGCACUAUUCCAGGAGUUUUUUCUGUAGCACUGAAAGUUUAAAUGCGCAUUGAAGCGCAAACAAUUGUAGCAAGCAAGUAGUACCCAGAAUGUGGGAAACAAUAGCACAUUUGGAAAACAAUUGUUGCUCAUAUGAUCUCAAAACACAUCGUCCUAUGCAAGGAAUUUCAGUUGCUUUUUAGACCACGUAAUCUGUUUAGAAUAAGAGUAUAAAUAACUUGGAUAUACUUUCUUUUAAACCAAAAUAUGGAAUCUAAAAGUGCACAAGGCAGAAACCGUUCCCUCUGAUUUCUCUGUAAUGCUACAGUCAUUAAAAGUUGUAUUCUUGGCAUAUCUGAAUAAGUUGGUUAAAUUUCAUAUAAUCACCUGUUGUAUUUGUUCUUUUUGGCCCCUGUGGUGUCUUGAUAGCUAGCACAUGCCUGAAAUGUUAAAUAAAUGCAUAGUUUGGUAUUUAUGAAAUAAGGAAUGUGAAACCCACUGAAUAAUUAGUUAACAGCACUAUAUAAAUACUGAUUAUCAUCA